AUGGCCAUUGGAACAAAUGUUCUCAUCAUCCCCUUCUGCUGGGGAAGUCUUCACAUGCCUGGGGUGGACAUCCCUCUAAUUACCGAAGGCUUUGGAGUCAACAACCCAUCUGCCAAGAUGGUUUCCUGGGAUGUGGCCACUGCCAAUGCUACAACUUUUUGGAUGGAUGUGAACUGGGUGGCAGGGGAACUCUGCUGCUUUAAUAAGAGUUUAAUUAUAAGGCAGCCCCUGGUUGGGAGGAACAGCCCUCAUCUACUCCCAGGGCUGGGAGUCAAGGAGAUGGGCCCAGGCAGUUCCCUUUGGAUGGAGUGGGCACAGCUGCUGUGGGGAGUGGAGAUGAGGAAAGGGAAGAAGUUCCAGCCACCAUUUUUUGAGCAUCGUUUAAUGGACAAAGGUAAGGUAGACCCAAGUGAGAAAUACAACUGCAUCCUUCAGAUGGGUACCUGCACAAUAGAACUCCCAGAAGACAAAGUGCUGACAGUAUAUGAUGAGUUCACCAUCAAUGGCCAUAGUAAUGUAUCUGGAGUAGAACUGACAUAUCCGGGGGACCUCACGUACCUGCCCAGGCACCACAUCAAGCUCGAUCCUCCUUCCAACCUGCAGAGCAACGUCAGCUCUAGGGGCUGCAUCUUUUCCUGGAGUCCUCCAAUAGAGGAGCUGUACAUGUCCCUCAGCUACGAACUGGCCCUGAGGCAGCACGGGGAGGCCUGGGAGCGGGCAAGACAUAAAGAUCGCAUUACGGGGGUGACCGUGGCCACCAUUGAAGCCUUCGAGUUUGUCCCCAACUUGCUCUAUGAGGCCCGUCUGCGCUGUCGCCUGGGCUCCCGGGAAGCGGGUGAAUCCUUAGAUGACGAGGAAGAAGAUUUCGACUACAGGAGCCAAUGGAGUGAGUGGAGUCCAGUCCUGCAGUUCCCGUCCCCCAUCUCUCUAGAUGUCUCCUCGCCACCCCAAGGCGGCCCUAUCAGCAUGAUCAUCAUUUUCUCCAUCUUCCUUUUCCUGAUCAGCCUGCCUUACAUCCUUUUCAAGCUAUUUCCCAGAGUGAAGAAAACCUUCUACCAGAAUGUGCCCUCUCCUGAAGCUUUCUUCAGACCCCUCUACACUGUGCAUAAUGGAAACUUUCAGAUGUGGGCCAGAUCUGACCUUCUUGGCCCCCAGCUCAGAAGGCCAGGGGCCAUGGACAGGAGAGUCUUGACCAGAGAUGAACUUUUGGGACUCAUGUUUGGGGAGUCGAUUUCUCACCUCUCCUGCUUCCCGAUGAAGUCCAAGAGGGUAGAUAUUAUGGAAGAGGAGGAUCCUUGCAAGCCCAGAGGGCCUCAUGAGGAAUCAACCCAGCAGGACUCAGAUUCUAAGUACCUCAGUGCCGAAGAACUGGAGAAUUGGCGGCUACCCGGGGUGACGAUAGAUGGGCAUGGAGAUGAUGAUGAUGCUCAGGGCUACCCAGACUUCCCUGGAGCCAGCCAGUCUAGUUCAUUGGCUACAAGAUGUCCUCACAUUUCCCUGAAGCAGGAGGAUCAGACCCCAGAAAGCUGCUCCCCUAUCAAUAGUGAUUACUGUACCGUAAGUGGCAGUGAGAUGCCCCAGGCCUUGCCACUUGCUGGAGAGCUACAGGGCCCUUUGGCCAACAUGGAUCAGUGA